AUGAAUUGGAAACUUGCAGAAUCAAUUGACAUCGAAAAAAUGCAAACAGUUCCAGAUAUUCAUUCAAUUAAAUAUCUUAUGUCCCAAUUUAAAGAAGCUAAAAUAGACGAAAAUGAUACAGAUAACUUUGCAUCAGUAGGUGCAUACAAAGCUUUCAGAAGUAUGCAAAUAGCAAUUCAGUAUUUAUUAGAAGAAAAUCAAAAACUUAUUGAUCAAUUCCAAUACAUAUCUGACGAACCUUCACAGAAAAUCUUAACACAAUAUAAUGAAAAUAUAUCAAAAGCAGAAGAAUCUAUCAAAAAGAGAGAUGAAAAAAUAAAUGAGCUCAAAAAUCAAGUUGAGAGGCUCUACUCUGAACGUAAAACAGUUGAAAGCGAACUAAAAAAUAUGAGAAAGAAACUUCAUCAUACGAGAGAAAUUAAUACAACACUUAGACAGAGAUUAGAAGAAACAGAAGACGGUGUUGCUGAUACUAUGUAUGCAAGAAAAAAGUAUAAAGACCUUAAGAAGCGUCUUCAUAGUUAA